UAAAAACCCUCAAACAAAAGCCCUGGACAGCUAGAGAGAGAUUAGCAGCUGUGGUUAAAAUACGUUUUCUGAUUUGCCCAAAGGUUUUCUGAGGCGUCAGGGUUUUCCUCGUCCUCUGCCAUGGCCUCGGUGUCCUCCUCCAGCCGCAGGUCGUCCUCGUCCUACCGCUCGUCGUCUCGUUACAGCACCUCCAGCUCCUACCGGUCGGAGGGUUCGUUGGGGGGAUCGUCCGACUCUCUGGAUCCCAUCUUCGAGCCGUUCCUGGACUCGGCUGAUCGCUCCAGUCUGUUCGGAGAGGAGAGCACCGGGGGGCCUGUCUGUUCCACCCCCUUUGGCAGCAGGCUCAGCAGAUCCUCCUAUGGACACACUGCUCCUGUAGGCGGCGCUGUGACCGGGACCGGUGGAGCGGUGCGGUGUCUGGGAGACUGCUACUACAUGUCGGCUGACCUCCGCCAGUUUGAGCCGCACGACAUUGCGGUGAUGGCCUUCAACCACCAUGUUGUCAUCCAUGCCCAGAAGGUGCUGGAUGACGGGAGCAUCAGUAACACAUUUACCCACAAGUCCCUGUUUCCAGAGGAUAUGGACCCCCUGACGGUCAGCGGGACCCUCAACCCCGAUGGCACCCUGGUGGUGAGCGUCCGCCGGACCCUGACUCUGGAGUCCCUGGGGGCCCCCACCUACCGCAGUGAAGCCCACCUCUGACCUCAGAUAUUGAAGAUCACUGAUGAAGGCAGAAUAUCUUAGUCAUAUUUAUACUGUACAAAUUUGAAUGCGUGUUAUAUUCUGUAGUGCACAUUUCUACUUCUCGUGUGGAUUCCUGCUCUGUCUGUCGUGUCAAACUGAGUUUUAUGAGGAUUUGUAUUUUCUCAGAGCUGCAAUAAAUACGUGUUUCACAAAAACUGA